UAAAUGUGAACGUUUAUGCGCUAAAAGGCGAAGUGAAUGCGUCUGUUGCAGCAACUAUACACAGCUACGAAGUGACCCUUUUGACGAAAAUGUGCAAGUAAAGCGCCAAUAAUAAUACGACACCUUUUGCGUUAAUUAGCCUAGUUAGUGCAUUGGAGCUGAAAAUGAAUGUGCACCUGUCCUUUAACUAGUUGAUGUGUACAGGGACCGCCUGACAGUUAAUUAGCAAAUGAAUCGUUUGGCUCGUAAAUCAAGACUUUACAAGCCAGGCAAUUAAUUGACAAUAAACUGUCGGUAUUGAUGGAGAACCCUGAAGGGUUUAUGUUGUGAAGCCGAGCUAACGUUAAUGUUAGUCGCCUUCUCCAGCGAUGUUGCAGUUACAGAAGACCCAGUAUUUGCAACUAGGGCAGAAUCGUGGACAGUACUAUGGAGGCUCACUGCCCAAUGUCAAUCAGAUUGGAAAUGGCAACAUUGACCUGCCUUUUCAGAAUUCUGUGCUGGACACCAGCCGCACAACCAGGCACCACGGUUUGGUGGAUCGGGUUUACCGUGACCGAAAUCGCAUCACAUCUCCCCACCGACGACCUCUUACAGUUGACAAACAUGGACGCCAAAUCGACAGCUGCCCCUACAGCUCUGUUUACCUCUCUCCGCCACCAGACACAAGCUGGAGAAGGACAAAUUCAGACUCUGCCUUACACCAGAGCGCCAUGAAUCCAAAAUCCCAAGAGGUGUUUGCUGGUGGAUCACAGGAGCUUCAACCUAAAAGAGUCCUGCUGCUAACAGUGCCUGGGACGGAGAGCUUGGAGACAAAUGCAGACAACGAUGCACAGGAACAGCUGUGGGAUGACAAGAAGGGAGAUUCGCCAAACCACAACACAUGUGAUGUCCCAGGAAUCAGUAUUUUUCCAUCACCAGACCAGGAAGUGAACCCUGCGGUGCUGCCUGCUGCACACAACACAGGAGGUUCAUUGCCUGAUCUCACCAAUAUCCAGUUCCCUCCCCCGCUGUCCACCCCUCUGGACCCUGAAGACACAGUUGCCUUCCCGUCCCUCAGCUCGUCCACCAGCACAGGCAGCCUGACCACCAACCUCACUCAUCUAGGAAUCAGUGCAGCCAGUCAUGGGAUCCCUACUUCCUCUCAGCCCACCAUGACUGUAACAGAACACCGCCGUCAGCCUCCCGUGCUGCCACUUACUCUAACCACCGACCAUCUUCAUAAGUCCACACAGCAGUUGUCGCCCACCCUCUCCUCACCUGUUAUCACGCAGAUAUUUCCACCAGAACAGCAAACCCUGGAGCAACAGCUUUCCCAGUUCCCUCUUUUCAACCAUCUGACAGCUCAAGCCCAGGCUCAGUUGCUCAAUGACCUGCAGAAGCAGCCACCGCAGGGUAUCCAGCUCAUCACCCUGCCUGCUCCUACCUCCACUGGUACAGUCCCCGCCAGUGCCAACAGCCCAUCCUCGGAUAGCCAGACCUCAGCCAGCAUCAGCUCGUAUCGUAAUCAGACUGGCUCACCAGCCACUCAGUCUCCAACCUCCCCAGUCUCCAAUCAAGGCUUCUCCCCUGGCGGCUCACCUCAACACAUGGUGGGCAGCAUAUUUGGCGACUCUUUCUACGAUCAGCAGGUGGCAUCAAGGCAAACCAAUGCUCUGUCUCACCAGUUGGAGCAGUUCAACAUGAUUGAGAACCCCAUAAGUUCUACCAGCCUGUACACGCAGUGCUCCACCCUCAACUAUACUCAAGCCGCCAUGAUGGGUCUUAGCGGUGGCAGCCUACAAGACUCUCAGCAGCUUGGCUACAGUAGCCAUGGCAACAUUCCCAACAUAAUCCUAACAGUCACAGGUGAGUCGCCACCGAGCCUCUCCAAAGAGCUCACCAAUUCGUUGGCAGGCGUUGGUGACGUCAGCUUUGAUGCAGACUCUCAGUUCCCACUGGAUGAGCUAAAGAUUGACCCCCUGACCCUGGAUGGGCUGCACAUGCUCAACGACCCUGACAUGGUGCUCGCUGACCCCGCCACCGAGGACACAUUCAGGAUGGACAGACUGUGACAUGACACGCUGACUGACUGUGGCGGUGAGCAACAAGAAGAAAAACACUCUUAACUUGUGAAUGGAGAACGAGAGACAAAGGGCAGGGUUGAACCCUCUCCCUCGUUGCAUGGCCAUCCAGUGGUCCGCCCUCGACUCCGUAAAAGCCCUUUGACACAAUGAUGCGCCACCAAAUGACAGCAGCGAAAAGGACGUCCUGUGUCUUUAAUGGCCUUGCUGUCCUUUUUAAAAGAGAUUGGUCGCUCAGUGCUUUCGCUAGCACGGCUGUGUUUACAGUGUUCCAUUAAAUGCCACAUAUAUUCCAAAAACGCACACUUUUUCCUCUUCAUAUUCACUUAAAUAUUUGUUUUUAUUUAUAUUUGCUUGUAGCAGGAAGCUGCAGAGACAUUGAACUAAACCAUACGUAUCAUACUGGCAAUGUUAAAAGGAAGAAAAGCUGUUGGUUUUCUUCCCUGUAUCAAACUAAUCACACUCAAAGCUUUAUUUUUGAGAGCCAAAUGUUUUUUGUUUUGUUUUUUUAGAUCAUGCACUGUGUUUUGAUGCUGUUUUUAAAUGUUAUUUAUUUGUAUGGAUAUUUUUUCAUUCCGUUUCAUACAUCUGAUGCCAAAAUGCACUCGGUAGGCAUAGUGUAAACAUGCACUGAUGUACUAUGUUUGUUUAUGAAUUUUGAACAUUUUAAUUAUGUGUUUAAGCUACUUGUCUAAUGAAGGAGUGGAAAACCUCCCCAUAGUUGCUCUUCAGUGUUCAAUGUGCCAUUUUGGUUGCUGUAGCCCAGAAGUGACGGUCAAAUCAUCUUACCUUGUGCUGAAAAACACAUAGGCUCCAAAAGCAGGGUUGUUUUAGAAGAUCAGGUAUUCUCACUUAACUGGAAAACAUAAUUAAUUUUCUGAAAAAGAAAAGCCACCAGACUGGUCUUUCAGUGAAGGAAGCUGUCUGUUUUUAAACCGGCGAACUCUCAAAUCUGAACUCUUUUUAAAGUCCUCACUGUGAAAAUCACCUGAUUUUGCCUUACAUGAGUAUUCUACUGUUAAGUGUCUGUGACGACAUUUUCGUAACUUGUAACAUUUUAUUGUAUUUGACAGAGGCAUAUGUUUUGUUCAGUGCUAUUUGUGAUUAUGUUGUGUAAGGUCUGACAAAUCAAUGUACUGUAUUUUGUAGCGGUACACUUUAUAGUCAAAUUAUUGAUGUUUUAUUAAGAGGGUGAAGAAAAAAUUUACCAAAAUAUGGAUAAAUUGUGAGGACCGCAAAUAUGGGGAGGCUUUUUGCUCCUUAAAAGGGAAGCUCUAACAAAAACACUGCUCGUUACCACACGAGGCAUAUUGCCCCUCCUGAUGGGCGUUUUCAUACCAAUGUGCAAUUCCUAGAAAAUCUUUAUAUUACAGUACCUCUUUUGAGAGUUUCAUGACAUAGGAAACUCAAAGGCGAGCAUAAAUUGGUGUUUCUUAGAAACACUUAGUAUAUUUAGAUGUAUAAUAUGCCACCUUUCACAAGACUGAUCUCUAUGUUGUAAACAACAGGAAUGGUCACUAAAACUAUCAGGGAUAUGGUAGAAUUAAAAACUGUUUACAGAUGUUCCAAUUAAUGUUUACAAAGAGUUUAUCUAUCUACGGUCACAGCAGCUCGCUCUACUUCCAGAUUCAGCAGAAAACGACCCUGGUGGCCUUUUGUCAGAGUUUCCCUGAGAGUUGUUUAUUGCGCAGUGUGAUCUUGUUUGGUAUGUUCUUGCAUUUGUGUACAGACACGCUGAUCAUUUGUGGUUAUUGCUCAACCCUUGGGAUUAAGUCUCUGCUCCAGGAUCGAGUGAGGGUCCUUGCAGUCUUUAUACUGUCAAGCAUGGGUCUGCUGUACUUUGAAUAGACGUGUGGUUCAGUUCCUAUGCAAGCGAGACUAAACUAUGACUCUUAAAGGAAAACUCCAUCUUAGGGUUCCCCCAUGCUGUCGGACACAUUAGUAGAAAAGCUGUUGCUCUCGUAGAUAUACUGAGAAUUGAGCUGUUAACGGUAUAUUACGGACAUAUACAGGAGCUUCUGUUAAAUCUUCAAGUGCUUUGUAGACUAGCUACUUUUUAAUUAAGCUUUAGAAUUUGAGUUCACUUUUAGCUUUGUAAAUCCUAUCUAGAUAGUGUUCAAGCACACAGACCAGUUCAUUUGACAAGUGGGCUUGGGCAUGAUGCAAUUGCUCAUGGACAAAGGUACACAGCAUCAACUUGAUAUAGUCGAUGUGAUUGUUCCGCACCAUAGAUAUUAAUGAGGAAUGGGAACUGUACCUUUGCUUCAACAUGAUGCACUGCAACUGGCCUGUUGUAUGUGAGACCCAAUACUAAAUCUUUAGCUUGCAUUUUUUUUUUAAUAUAAUUUUUUGGAACAUUUCCAUUGAAUGAAACUGACUUCGGGACACUCAACACACUUUAUUCAGUCUUUGCUAACAUGAAAUCAUUUCAAAUGAAAAGACAAGAAAACCUGAGCUGGAUUUUUCCUUUUUAAGACGUUCUUUUCAGUUUUUAUUCACACAAUCAAUGUGUGUUUGAGUCAAGGUGAACACACGUCUCUGUCAUUUGUCUGUCAUGCUGAAUAAUCCUUAUUGUACGUUGUACAUAUACAUUAAAAAGAAAAUGCAUGAAAAAUCUGACAGUUCAAACCAGUACAAGAAGGCCUUGAUAGCUUGGAUUUGGUGUACCGCUGUCACGAAGUAUAGAGGGAUGCAUGUGGGGUUUCUCUUGUGCAACAGUCAUUUCUGUUCCCUCUUUAGUGACCUCCAAGUCUGUAUUAUGCUAUUUCAUGACUCAUCAAAGAAUGUACUAAGUGUGGCGGUAUCCUAGUCGCCAAAUGACACGGGGAAUUUUGGUUAGCCUGAACUCAGAUCCUCAUUCGUCGUCCGGUUGCGGUCUUUCUCUUCCUGCUGUAGCAUCUUACCACGUACGAGCACGUUUUCACGUAAGAAAAAUGUGUCCAACCACCUUCUGCUGCACACUUGUCAAGGAAAUGGAUGCAGGGCUCUGUCUCACAAAGAUGGCAGUUGGGCAUGUGCACUGUUUGUUUUGUGUUAGUGGACCUGAAGCUUCUGCUUUCCAGUAGGCCGCGUGACCUGAUACACACUAAGCAGGAUUGUAUCCCAUGUACGUUAUCACUCUAUGCUCAAGUGACAUCAGUUAUGAUUGUUUUGAUUUGUUUCCCUUUUUCUAUCGUUGCCUGUCAUGUCAGGUUUUGGGCCAUGUGAAGUGUUUUGUUUAUUCCUACCCUGUUUUGGUGCAAUGUUUAGUCCUCUAGUUGCUUCGCACUUUACUUCCUGGCUUCUAAACAGGGACUUAUUUGCCUGAUUUGAAUGCUGACUGUUUCACACCAGAUAUAUACUCCGGAGAUAUUUUCAUGUCGAAGAAAAAAUUAAUUCUCUGUUUUCCUUUUGUAAAUUAUAUUUCGGCUUGUCUUGAUGAUGAUGUUUUUUUGUUGUUGUUUUUUUUGGAUCUGUUAAAACUUUAGGGGAUGCAAACAUAGAAAGGGCUUACUUUGGUGCAGUUUGUGCUGUUGUGUUGCAAAGAAACGUCGUGCCGAAUGUAAUUCUUGUUGGUCGUUUAACCCUCUUGCCCCACAUGCACUAAAUCACCUCAAGCUUUAUGUUGUAGUUAUCUGUUUAAGUAAUGACAAUGCAAAGGAAAAUAAAUUAUUGCAUAAAGAACUACCAGGACACUACACAAACUGCCAGAAUACAGUGCUGCAGUCUAUCUACAAAGUUAGCAAAACUAUGUUUAUGAUGUCACAACAGCAUGCUUUAUGUCAUAAUCUUGCGCUACACAAGAUGCUUUCUGCAAGAAAACAGGUUAUGAUGUAUUUGUUACAAAGGUUUUUAUUGUGUCAGACAUUGGGGGUGCUUCUCAGCUUGCUUGCUGAUAGAAAGUGUGAUUGAAUGAAUGAAUAAUGUGGAACAGACACAAGUUAGGCAGCUAAUACAACUUAAAAGUUAGGAGAAUAGUUAUGGUGGUUUUGCAAAAGAUAACUUGUUUACCAGUCAACAUUGUAUCCCUUUUUUUUUUCUUUUUAAAAGGGGAAACCAUUUGUGAGGUCAUGUAUGAAUUUUGCAAUAUUUGAUGGUUGUGGUGAAAUGCUGAUGAUGGCAAAGAGCAACCCUUCAGGCUCAUGGAUAGGAACUGCAGGAUGGAAAGAUCACCUUGAAAGUAAUGCUUUCUCGAUCGUUUGGCUUCUCUGCAUGCUUUGGUUUGAGAUGUGUCUCACCUGCAGGACUAUUUAGCACAACAUGCACUCAUUUUGGCUUCAAAUGUCAGAGUUGAACUAUCUCAAAAAGCAAAGAAAGGCAUUCUGUGUUUUGAAGGUGUAUCCUUCAAUCAGUCCUUAUUGCUUGUAUGUUGUUGUUUUUUGUUUUUUUUGGUCUGAAUAAAUGGUCCCUUUAAUUACAUGCAGUUUUCUAAAGAACUGUACAGGUCAUUGAAAAGUGUAAAAGGCUUCAGAAAUGCAGUUUAAGUUCCUCUUAAAGCUUCUAGUGAGAAUAGCAUUUUAUCACUGUUGUCCUGUAAGUCGUAGUAAAUGAUCUGUAGGUAUUUAUUUGUUGCCAUGUGAUUCUCCUAAUGUGACUGUUUGUUUAUAAGCUGAAAGAAAAAUGUAAAUUAAAUUGAAUGUGGAUGACA